CACGAGCUGCCGCCUCCAUUGUUAAGGGAAAUCCGGCGUUGAUGACGUCGCUGUAGUAUAAUCCGGCGUAUUGGAGAGUGUUGUUGUUGACGUUGUCAAGUGUUGAGUGCCUUGUUGUUGUGUACUCCCAGGGUUGGAAGAAUAAAGGAAAGCGGCAGUAAUGGAGGAUAGAGGAAUACGUAGAAAACGGGGGAGGCCAAGGAAGAAACCAAAAAUUGAAAUAGAAGAAGAGGAGGAGAUGAUGUCUUACAAGGAACUUCAAGCAAAGAUAAAAAUGUUAGAAGAGCACAAUCAGAAGUUAACGCAGCUACUUUCACAAAGUCCUGUACCAUGUAGAACUCUAGAAACGGAGAAGACAGCCAAGAAAAAGACAAGAAAAAACAUCGCAUGUUACCCAAAAAGGCAAGUUCUACUGAAAAUUGUUUACCUUGGAUGGGACUACCAAAGUUGUGCUUCUCAAGAAGACAUACAAAAGACUAUUGAAGACAAACUGCUGCAGGCUCUACUAAAGAUUACAUUAAUAGAUGCUCUUGACACUUCACAAUUUCACAGGUGUGGAAAAGAUGACCAUGGAUUUAACCCAUUCAACCAAACAGUCUCCAUUGUACUUCGUAGUCGCCUGAACUCUGGUUUAGGUGUAAUUCCUUUUGAAAAAAAUGGAAUGACAAUUAAAGAAGAACCAAUUGAUGAAGGCCAAGACGAUGAUGACAGUAUUCAAGAGGAGAUCAAAUAUACUGAAUUAGUGAAUAAAGUUCUUCCACCAGAAAUUAGAGUGGUGGCGUGGUGUCCAGUACAGCCGGGUUAUCCUGAGAGGUUUGAUAGUCCACUCUGCACUUACAAAUAUUUCUUUCCAAGAGGAAAUUUAAAUAUACAUAUGAUGGAGGAAGCCGCACAACAUCUGAUUGGUCGUCAUAAUUAUAUUAGUUUAUACAAGAGAGAUGCCAGUAAAGGAAUAAACUGUCUCUUUAGGGUGAUCUAUUCUGUGGAUAUUUGUCCCACGUGCUGUGAUCUUCGUGCAACAGAUGAUAGCAAGCCUCUGUGUGAUCCAGUUGAGUACAUACGAAUACACACACAAACGGAAAGUGAAAAUGAAAUGGAAAGUGAAUCGGAUACUGAUACCAAAGAAAAUUUUAGCCAAGAUGACGGUAAACUAGUAGGGACAAGACAACAUUCUGCUCGUGAUAAACCAUCCUCUGCCGCAACAAAGAGACAUGGAUGUAAAAGAGCCUUAAGCAACGAUGGUUAUGAUGUGUGUGUCAUUACCAUUAAAGGCCAAGACUUUUUGUGGGAUGAAAUACGAAAAAUUGUGGCUGCACUGUUUAGCAUCGGAGAAGGAAAGGGCAGACCAGGAAGUAUAUUGGAGUUAUUGGACGUUAAAAAUAGUCUUAGGACACCACAGCAGUCAAUUGCAAGUGAAAUGCCUUUACAACUUUAUCAAACCACUUUUGAAGGAGAAAAGUGGCAAUGGGACAAGAAGGCUUUAAGACUGAUUGUUUCUCGACUUCAGGCCUUCUGGUGCCAGCAGUCUGUUCGUGCUGCAGCAAUGAGACAUACACUGUGGGAUCUUGAGAACUGCUACCUAGAGAACACAUCAGACAUAAUGCAGGAAGAUGUCACCACAUUUGAUCUUCCACAAGACCAGUGUGAGAACUUGAUUGGUCGGGAAAAAGCUCAUAUAUUCUUGUCACAUACCCAAGCAGCUAAUACUGAUCAUGUUUAUUCCACACAGAAGCCUAAAUUAACAGUAGCUGGCAGCAAAACUGAAGAUGAGGAUUUCAACCACACCGCUACACUUCUCCUGAUUGAAUUAAUCAGACAAAGAUUCCAAAGGUUUCUUUUGAUACGAACAAGACCAGCAGUUUACAAGGAACUACAAGAGGAGAUGUGCUUUCGAGGAUUCUCUUUCUCUUUAGAAAAGAUCAGAAAAAAGUGGAACGGUCUCAUAACAACAUACCAGAAAAUUAAGGAACGGAAGCGUAACAGCAAUGACUUGUCCGACAAAUUAUCUUGGGAUUAUUACCAGCUGCUUGAUGAUUUGUUGGGCACAACUGUCCUCGCCGUGCCACCAUCCGAGUCUGUUGAAACACCGGCUCCCAAACCUCAUGUUGAUAUGAGUCACCUGCAACCAAACAAAUCGCUGACAGUGGCAAAACCACCUACCAUCAAGAAAUGUACGGCAGAUAUGCUUUCCUCUCGGGUAAUGCAGCCAGCAGUUACUCUUCCCACUCCUCAAGCAGUAUGUCAGUUCGCUGCACCUGUUACUACUCUACUGCACCAUGAUGGCGAUACAGUCUUUGCAACCCAGACCACAGCACCAGCCGCAGGAGUGGAUGAAAAGCCCAUGAGAGGUGCUUCUGAUGUAGCCACAGUCUUCUUGGAAUAUAACCUUCAGUUGGGGGAAAAGCGGCUAGAUAAAAUGGAACAACAUAUUCUGUAUAUGGCAGAAAAAGCAGCAAGGAAAUUGGAAUACAAAAAAAGGAAGGAAGAAAGAGAGCAAUUGAAUCUGAAAGCAUUGACAGCCAUUGGUAGAGCCUCGGAAGAACUGAAAAGUGGAUUGCUGAGUAUUUGAUGUACAAUAAAAUAUUUUAUAUAAUUACAGAA